AUGAUUGUGGGAAUCACAAAAACUACUGGGAAAAAUGGAUCCAAUUUGUUAGAUAAUCUCUACUACAAGGAUAAUAGCUUUUCUGUUGAAGUUCGAGAUCCUAGAUCUAAACAGAUUGCGGAUUUCAAUGGAAUCGGAGUACCAUUAACAGUAGACGAGGAUUUGGCUCAAGCAGUGAACGAUCCUACCACGCAGUGAGU